AUCACAAUCACAACUUACAGCUAGAACUACUAUGUACCUCUUACUACUCUACUAGAUGGUAUGAUUAGUUUGAGUAACCCGAUUUGCAGAUUAGUACUCGGAUAAAAAAAGAGAGAAAAAGAAACGAUUCAAGUUUAAACCUGGCAAACUUCCUUCGUCGAUUCCUUUCAGUUUAGAUUUCGUUUGUGCUGUUAUUUUACGAUUCUUAUUAUUUUACUCCUCCACUCCCUGCUAACAAUCCGACUCGGAAGACGGUAUUUGGAGCGGAAAGGCCCUUGGAAGAAAAAAAAAAUACUCAGACGCCACUACGGCUGUACCUGUACGGUCAGCAGGGAACAUCCGCCGUUGCCCCAGCCCCGUCUCUGCCCGCCUGUCCGUCUACAGCGGAAGAAGUACGGUUUAGCUGUAACUUGUCCUAGAACACCGAGGCUUUUUGGAUGUCAUAAAGGCGACGGCCUAGCAGUCAACAUGUCUUACGGUCAAUAUCAAAACAACCCAUAUCAAGACAGUUCCCUAGCCGAGCAAGGCUACCAGGAGCAUGAAUUACAAAACUAUCCAGAGCAGCAACAAGUCUCAGAUAUCCUCUCACAACAGGAUUUUCUCAGCCGAAUUCAAUUCCUCCGCAAUGAAAUCGGUACCCUUACUAAUAAUGUUCAAUCAAUUGCGUCCCUGCACCAGCGCGCGCUGGCUGAAGGCGACGGUGGCGUGGCAUCGCAACAGCUCGAACGCCUCGUCGCCGACACGCAAACCUUGAACAUUGGCAUUAGAGAUCAAUUAAAAUUCUUGGCGAACGACGCUGUCAAAUCCCCCGUUGACAGCUCUACCCGUACUAUGAAACAGCGGCAGGUCGAUGCCAUCAAAUCCGAGUUCGAGCGCGAAUUAACCAGAUACCGGGAGGAAGAGAGCCUCUACAGCCAACGGUACCGCGACCAAAUUGCCCGCCAGUAUCGCAUUGUCAAUCCUGAAGCUAGCGAAGACGAGGUUCGUAAAGCGGCUGAUACGGAUUGGGGCAAUGAAGGUGUCUUCCAAACAGCGCUCCGUUCCAACCGUGCCGGACAAGCGUCGUCAGUUCUCGGCGCAGUACGUGCGCGCCACAAUGAACUUCAGCGCAUUGAACGGACGCUCAUCGAACUGGCGAAUAUGUUCCAAGAUCUCGCCAUAUUAGUGGAGCAACAGGAUCACGCCGUAAACGAGGCAGUGAAUAAUGCCGAGAAUACGACUAAGUACAUCGACGAAGGCAAUACCCACGUAAAGAAAGGAAUCGUACAUGCCCGAAACCGCAGAAAGCUAAAGUGGUGGUGUCUCUUCGUCGUAAUUAUCAUCAUCGCCAUCGCCCUCGGUGUCGGUCUAGGUGUGGCUGCCAAUGCGGGACUACUAGGCAAUCACAACAACAGCAACAACAACAACAGCGGCUAAAGUGCCGCUCGAGAAACUGAAGAGUGAAUGAACGAUAACGAGACGAGUUUUCAACUUCGGUAGACGGGAUAACCCGGGUAGAAGUAAAAGAAAAUUACCAGAUCGUGUAGAGAUGACAGAUCUUGGUCGACUUUAUAUUAAUUCCUGGCUUUCCAUUCGAUAUCUAGAACGUCGGCAGACUUUCUGGUCCCCCGGUUAGUCUAUGGAGGGGUAAAAUCCUUAAUGCAUUGUUCUUCCUUUUUUUUUUCAUGUACGCAUGGUUUUAAUGCGAAAUUAUUCACCGCUCGGGCGGCGUGGUCUUAUUUGGAUCUUUUCUCAGGGUCGGAAGGGGAGGGUUCCAGGCUGAGACGAGCUGACGUUGUACAUAAUAUGCCUAUACGCUUAUUAUUACCUCUUUUUUUCUUCUUCAUAUUCAAAUGAUUCCGUAUUGUACUACUUAUGUCGCGCGCGCUCAUUAUUACUUGAGUUUGAGGUACCUAAGGUAUGAAUUGUGAAGAGAAGACACGGUUACGAAGGCCGACUAGAUUUCAUGUAGGUAUUUAUUUCAACGCGCAAAUAUGAUCUUCAAUUCAUAAUGGGAAGCACCUCAUAACCAUA